CCCGCAAACAUGGCGGAUGUAGACGCAGUGAAGUCUUUGAGCGGUCUUCUGAAUGGAAUAGCUCAAAAAGUGUAUUAUAACAACAGCGACAUCACAGAGGAGCUGCUGAAAACGGAGCUUUACCCCGAGCUGCCGCAGGAGGAGUUCAAGGCUUUGCACGAAAAAAUGAAAGGCCUCCUAAAGUCCAUUGCCACAGCAGACAUGGACCACGCCCAGCUGGAGGCCUUCCUCACAGCACAGACCAAGAAGCAGGGUGGUGGUGGUGUGAGCGCAGAACAGGCCGCUGCCCUUUCCCGCUUCUGGAAGAGUCAGCACAUUCGGGUGAGGGAGAGCUUGCUGGCUCAGAGCCGCUGGGAGCCCAGCCUCAGAGGCCUCUCCUGGAGGGUAGACCUCCAAACCGCCACCAGCCGUGGGGAUGCAGCCCACAGUGGCCCGGUCGCCCUGAUGGAGCUGGAGCUCGGCAGAGUGGGACAGGACUCAGAGUUUGUGUGCCUGGAAUUUGAUGAAGCCAAAAUCAACCAGGUGCUGAAGAAGAUGACUGAGAUCCAAGAGAGCAUUGACAGAAUUGUUCACCGUACCUGAAACUGUGAGAAACUUUAUCUCGGACAGCUGAGAGACAGUGAUAUGUUCCUCUGACUGGACGACGAUUCCAGCCGUCUCCUCCUGCAAACUGCUGCUCUGUUGGCUCUGUUUCUCCUUCAACAGCGUCACACAGAAAUGGGAGUGUUUAGACGGAUGUAAAAUGGCUUUUACGCUUGUUUUCAGACUCUGAAAGGACAUAUUGUACACAAAAUGUAUUUGCCAUUCACAUGCACCUUACAUUUAAACAUGUUCACACGUGAUUCUGCCGAAUCUGACUUAUUGGUCGAACAAAAGUUUUGUUUUCUUUCUUAACAUACCGUAAUCAAAAGUGCUAGAGUGUUUUUAUAUCUGGAUCAUACUUUUGCAGCCGUCCUCUGACAGGUGGAACGCUCCUCUCUGAUUAUGGAAUAGCAGCAUUGAACGAAGAGAAGACGUGCUCAGUGAAGAGACUGAAGUUAUCGGACUUCAUGCCAGACUUUUGUGGUUAUGGAAUGAAGCAAAAUCGAAUCAAAAGUAUUUAAAAUAAAUGCUGAAGUGUCAUGUAAAAACAUAUGACUAAGUUUCAACCAGCUAAAUGUAACAAAAAUAAUCAGCCUGAAAAUGGUUCACCUGGUCCAAGAGUUUGUUUGAUCUGAAUGACCUUCAUGCCUUAUAUUUACAUCACACCAAGCAUGUGGUCCAGUGCAAGUGUGUGACAAACAUCGGCAUAAGUGACAUGCUUUUAACAUGAAUGUGGACAUUUUAACUUUAAUAUCAGCAUUUUGCUCAGAGUUUAUUCCACUAUAGACUAAUAUUAACUGUCUUGUGCUAUCACCCUCUCUGAAUACUAAAACACUUGGAAUAUUUAGCUAAGAUCUAAUUACUAAUGCUAGCAGAUACAUUACUAAAAUAUCCAGGUCAAAAUAAUUUUGUAGAACUCUAUUCAUCCCUGUAAGAAAAAUGACAUUUGAAAGCAUAAUACUGAACUGGCAGUUGAUAUUUGCUAUGUUUGAAUUAAGUUCCCCACAGUAGGAACUCAGUGGAACAGAAGUCAUUGCACCCGUUAUCACUGAAAAUCAAAGCUUUGUGCAAACAGCGCGGCUCAUUCCAUACCUCCUGAUUACUGCUUCAGCUGUGUUUCCACGGGUCUGAACUCGCUCUUGCUGUGUCCUUUUUCAUCUUUCUUUCAAGGAGGUUGUUCAGUUCCUCUGUCAGUUCUUUUCUAUAUGGAACCAUGAUGCAGACAUGCAGAUCAACAUAAAACAGAAUGUUCUGGUGAUCACAGCUCAUUUUCUAACCAUGGUCAUGCAGUAAAGCUAACUGGAAAUAGUUUUACUCAAUGUUGUUUCAUUGGUUACUGUUUUUUCCCCGUGUGUAUUCACUUUGUUUGUUGCAUUCUGUUUCUACUUCAUGGCCUGUAUUUUCAAUAAAAUCAUCGCUCACAAGAGGAAAUACUCUACUUAUCAACUUAGAAAUAAUGCAGUUCACCUUCCACUCAUAAAAGCUUGUGUGUGUGUGUGUGUGUGUGUGUGUGUGUGUGUGUGUGUGUAUGUGUGUGUGCUGUCCUGUUGCUGUAAGAUGGUGUCAAACUCCAAACCUGUGUUCAGGGAACUGAUGAGGUUAAGAAUUGCUUGUGUAGCCUAUAAAAAUGUACACAGCAAUCCAGUGGAAAGAUUUGCUUCAUUUAAAUGAAUACUUAUGCACAUUCAUUAAAUGUAAAAAUAACACCAGA